AUGGCGGAGUUUCAGGCAAAUAUCCUGCUCGCAGCAAUGGCACUCGCGGACAUCCUUCUUUUGGUUUGCCAUUUCCCAUACGCUCUCAACAUCUACCCAACCUUCUACCGAAGUGCGCCAUUUCGAGAAUUUUUCUAUAAAACCCAUGUUUUUUUUCAUUCAAUGUCAAACAUUUUCUCGGCGUCUGCUUCGUGGUUAGCCGUGGCUGUCUCGUUUGAAAGGUUCAGCGGCAUUCGGUCGCCGAUGCACGCUCGAUUACAGUGGGGCAAUUCGCGUGUGUUACUGUCGAUCAUCUUGAUCCUUUUCGAACCUGUCGAAUCUUGGCAGCUAGAU